CAGCGGAUGUCAGUCAGGUCCGGUCAGGUCGUCAGUCAGUAGCAGUCAGUUGCAAGUAGUAGUAAUCAGUAGUGGUUUCGUUAUAUAUAAUCCGUGGCUUAUAGUUGUUGUUUCACGUCAGUGCUGUUACGUACGUGGAAGGAAAUCCUGGUGAAGAAAAUAACAGGAACAAAGAUUAUUGUGUAAACGCGUAGUAUACAGUUUAUAGUACCUCUCUCAGAAUGGGUAAGCGACAACACCAGAAAGACAAAAUGUAUCUUACUUAUACAGAAUGGACAACAUUGUAUGGAGGAAAGAGGGCAGGUCCAGAAACAACUGAUUUCAGAAGAUUAUCAUUUGACCAUUGUUGUUUGUGCCUUCAACCCUUUGAAACCCCAUACUGUGACAAUCAAGGAAACAUUUUUGAACUUCAAGCAAUUGUUGCAUACUUGAAGAAGUUUAGAACUAAUCCUGUAACAGGAGAGGAGAACUGUGGUUUGUUGCAGCCACUUGAAGCAAAGAACUUGAUAAAGCUGAAUUUCCAUAAGAAUGCUAAAGGAGAAUACCAUUGCCCUGUUCUCUACAAGUCAUUCACUAACCAGUCUCAUAUUGUGGCAGUCCGUACUACUGGAAAUGUGUUUUCUUAUGAGGCUGUUGAACAGCUGAAUAUAAAGACAAAGAGUUGGAAGGAUCUCUUGAAUGAUGAAGCUUUUCAGCGAAUAGACUUGAUUACACUUCAGGAUCCACAGAACAUUGAGAAGUUCAAUCUAACAACAUUUCAUCAUUUGAAGAAUAAUUUGAAAGUUGAAAAUGAAAGAUCUGAGAAGGAUACUGGUGGAAAUCUUAAAUCUGUUUCCAUGGAAACAAAGGAAAUUUUGGAAGAGUUGAACAGAGAUUACAAAGCCCCAGAGAUAAAGGAAGAGGAAAAGAAAGUUGCCGACAAAUUCAAUGCUGCCCAUUACUCGACUGGAGCUGUAGCUGCAGGUUUCACAUCAACAGUACUUGCACCAGAAACAAAGCAUGAAGCAGCUAUUAUUGAGGAGGAUCUAGUUCGAUAUGAGAGAGUCAAGAAAAAAGGGUAUGUUCGAAUGGUUACUAAUUUUGGACCUCUCAACUUGGAACUGUAUUGUGACAUGCUGCCAAAAACCUGUGAAAAUUUUCUGAAAUUGGCGCAAAGAGGUUAUUAUGAUGGUGUCAAGUUUCAUCGGUCCAUCCGUAACUUCAUGAUUCAGGGUGGUGACCCCACUGGUACUGGUGAAGGAGGCGAAUCAAUCUGGGGGAAACCCUUUGAAGAUGAAUUCAAGCCAAAUUUAACCCACACUGGUAGAGGUGUAUUAUCCAUGGCAAAUUGCGGACCAAAUACAAAUCGAUCCCAGUUCUUUAUCACAUUCCGAUCAUGCCGUCAUUUGGAUGGAAAGCAUAGUGUUUUUGGACGUGUUGUGGGAGGCCUAGAUACACUUACAUCCAUGGAGCGAGUUGAAACUGACAACAAAGAUAAACCAAUAGAAGACAUUAUUGUGGAGAAGGCACAAGUAUUUGUGGACCCCUACCAAGAAGCUGAUGAACAGUUAAUGGCUGAAAGGUUGGAAGAAGCAAAGAAAAAAGCUGCUGAAGCAGUAACAGCACAAAACAAACCAUCAUCUCAGAGCCAGAAUGGACAGCUUACAGUGUUUCGGCCUGGAGUGGCUAAAUAUAUCAACAUGGAAGCAUCCCAGCAGAAAGGACAUUCAGAGGCUUGUCAGGAAUCAGCUGUGAAGAAAAGAAAGACUGUUGGAUAUAAGCUUGUUAACUUCAGUAGCUGGUGAAAUAUAGGGUAUAUGUUUGUAAAUACUACACACCGAUAUUAUUAUAAUGUAAAAUAUUAAUUGUCUGCAAUAAAUUGCUGUUUUGUAAUCUUUU